UAAAAUCGGGCGACAUCCGUGGAUUGUGCAUCAGUUGUAUUCUGCAGCAAAAAGCAAAGUGACUCAGCACUUGAGUGAAAAAUCAAAAAGUUUUCUUCGUGUUCAGUGAAAAGUGAAAAAACAAUUUAUAGCAAAAUGCCUUGCCCAUGCGGAAGUGGUUGCAAAUGCGCCUCUGAGACCAACAAGGGUUCCUGCAACUGCGGAACUGACUGUAAGUGCGGUGGCGAGAACAAGAAGUCGUGCGGUUGCGCCUCCAAGUGAACCAGAAGCAUCAUCAAUCUUCAAGCUUAAAAUACAUUUUCCUAUAUUAUACGCACAUACAUAUAACAUGCUUACAUAAUUUGUAUUCAAAGCAAUGUAAACUUGACUGUCUGAUUCUCUCAAUUAACUGAAUUAUAUGCAAUAAACCAAAAUUGAAAUUAUA